AUGGUGGAAGAAGAUGAAUAUGCAUGUGUGAACAGAUCACAACUAAAAAUCAAAGAUAAUUCUGGAAUUAAAAAGAAAAAGAAGAAGAAAUCAAGUAAAGAGACCCAAAAAGUCAUUGAAAACGAAGUAAAGCAACAAGUAAAACAGCAAAAAAAUAGUGAUUCGAAAACAAAAGCCGAGCUUGCAUUCCUAAAAAUGCAAGAAAAAAUGAAAAAGCAAAGAAUUCAACAAAAAGCUGAAAUGACCCAUAAGCAGAGAGUUGAAAAGUUUAACCAACAUUUGGAUAGCCUAACAGAACACUUUGAUAUUCCUAAAGUUUCAUGGACAAAA